AGACAGCUGUCGCCACCAAAACACCCAGCCGAAGCUUCCGAGCUCUUUUGUUUUCUGUCCGGGUCACUGUGGAUGGCGUCCCAGGCCUUGUUGGAGCUGCAGCCCUCUAACCAAAGUCAUCAGGCCCCUCUCAACGUCACCCCCUGCGAGGGUGCUCCAGAAGCCUGGGACCUGCUGUAUAGGGUACUGCCAGGGUUUGUCAUCACUAUCUGUUUCUUUGGUCUCCUGGGGAACCUGUUAGUCUUGUCCAUCUUUCUUUUGCCUCGGCGUCAGCGCUUAACCGUAGCAGAAAUCUACCUCGCUAACUUGGCAGCUUCUGAUCUGGUGUUCGUUCUGGGCCUGCCCUUCUGGGCAGAGAACAUCGGGAACCAUUUCAACUGGCCCUUUGGAACUGGCCUCUGCCGGGUGGUCAGCGGAGUCAUCAAGGCCAACCUGUUCAUCAGCAUCUUCCUGGUGGUGGCCAUCAGUCAGGACCGCUACAGGUUACUGGUAUACCCCAUGACCAGCCGGGGGUUCCGGCGGCGAUGGCAAGCCCGAGCCACCUGCCUGCUCAUCUGGGUAGCAGGGGGACUCCUGAGCAUCCCCACAUUCCUUCUGCGCUCUGUCAAAGUCAUCCCCGACCUGAACAUCUCUGCCUGCAUCCUGCUCUUUCCCCACGAGGCUUGGCACUUUGCAAGGAUGGUGGAGUUGAACAUUCUAGGUUUCUUCCUCCCACUGGCCGCCAUCAUCUUCUUCAACUAUCACAUCCUGGCUUCCCUGAGAGGGCAGAGGGAAGCCAGCAGGACCAGGUGUGGGGGUCCCAAGGGCAGCAAGACCACAGGGCUGAUCCUCACACUGGUGGCCUCCUUCCUGGUCUGCUGGGCCCCCUACCACUUCUUUGCCUUCCUGGAUUUCCUGGUCCAGGUGAGCGUGAUCCAGGACUGCUUCUGGAAGGAGCUCACGGACCUGGGCCUACAGCUGGCCAACUUCUUUGCUUUCAUCAGCAGCUGCCUGAACCCACUGAUUUACGUCUUUGCGGGCCGGCUCUUAAGGACCAGGAUCUGGGAAAUUUCUAAAUGAUGCACUCCUAGAGGUCUCAUUCCCAUACCUCCCGAUAGGGAAGAACUCUUCUGACUGUCCUGGCGGGAUUGAAACAGCAGUGAGCCAAGAAGCCUGGCUUCUUCACCAACCAUCUCUGAUAUCAUAAAGACCAUCUGGUCAGCUGGCCCAUGGCCACAAAGAUGCCUGGGGGAUGCUACUUACAGGGUAGCAAGACCUUCAUAAUGAAGCUAAGGAUAUGGAGAUUGGGCUGCCGGAAGUAUUUGCAAGACGGGGAAAGCAGAAUAAUAACAGGGAGCCCCUUUUGAGGGAGGGGCUUAGAGGGGCUGGAAUUGUGUGAAGACAAAAGCAGAAGUCAGAGUGUGAGGAAGGGGCCACAAGCCAAAGAUUGCAGGCACCCUUUGAGGCUGAAAAAAAAACACAGACAUCCUCUGUGGAAUCUCCAGAAAGAGCCAGCCCAGCCAACAUGCUGAUUUCAGCCCAGUCCCCCACGACUGUGAGAGAAGAAAGUUGUGAGAGAAUAAAGCUGUGUUCUGAUU